GUGCACAAAAAUAACAAUAGAACUCUGCACCUCAGGACUCUCUAGAGGGAGGGUGGGUGAUACUUGGGGGCGAUGGCGGGGGAAAAGAAGCGGCAUCUGAUGAUGCAGAAUCUCUUUGGAGAUCAAUCUGAAGAAGAAGAUGAAGAGGAGGCCGAACUGGUGCAAGGCUCGGAGAAGAGUCCCCAGGGAUACGCUUUGGAGGAAGACGGUGAAGGGAUACAUGAUCUAGAGGGGGAGGGGGAAGGGGAAGGUGAAGUUGCAGUGGAGAGGGAAAGUGGUGAUAUGCAGGAUGGGAAUGAGCAUGGAGAAAGUGAGUCUGAGAGCAACCAGAGCGUUGAUCAAAGAGAAGAAAGUCAUGGGCGAGACAGUGAGGCUGAUGAUGAUGAGGAGUACAGUCAAAGGGUUGCGACUAGUAGGAGGCAUGAUGUCAUGGACAAUGGAUCAGACAGGUCAGAGAACCGCUAUGCUGAUGUUGGUGAUGAAGUAAACCAAGCAAGAAGUGAAAGUAGAUCCCCCUUGGAGGAGAAAGAUGAGGUGCAAGUUUCAAACUCGGCCCCAGAGAUUCGUGAUGUGUUUGGGGAUUCUGAAGAUGAUAUGCCAACCAUUGGGAACUCUGAUGAUGAAGGGCCGGGUAGGUAUGAUGUUCAGAAUGAAAUGGGUGAAGAUGAAGAGCCAACUAUUGGGGACUCUGAUGAUGAAAGGCCAACCAGGUUUGGUGUUCAGAAUGAAAUGGGUGAAGAGCCACAUCAGAGAUCCCCUAUUGAAGAGGAAGGUAUUUAUGAAAAGGAGUUGGGACCAGAGGAUAUGGUGCCUGAUGAAUAUGGUCAAUAUGGAUCUGAAGAAGAUCAUGUUGAUAAGAAACAUAAGGAAAAACCCAUGGGUCCACCAUUAGAGCUCGAAAUUCCACUGCAGCAUCCCCCGGCUCUUCCAGAAAUGAUGCACUUAAUUAAAGUUUCAAAUAUAAUGGGAAUUGACCCCAAGCCUUUCGAUUCAAAGACAUAUGUGGAAGAAGAUGUUUUUGUUAAAGAUGAAUCUGGAUCUAAUAAGCGUAUUAGCUUGGUGAAUAACAUUGUUCGGUGGAGGGAAGUCAAAAAUCCUGAUGGGAGAACAUCUAUAGAAAGCAAUGCACGCUUUGUGCAUUGGUCAGAUGGCACUAUUCAGCUGAUGAUUGGAAAUGAGGUUCUUGACACAACUAUUCAAGACGCACAACAUGAUCAAGCACACCUGUUUCUUAGGCAUGGAAAGGGAAUACUCCAAUCACAGGGGAGGAUUUUAAGUAAGAUGAAGUUUAUGCCAUCAUCUUUGUCAUCUAAUUCUCAUAGAUUGUUGACUGCUCUUGUUGAUUCUCGACAUAAGAAGGUUUAUAAGGUCAAGAACUGUGUCACUGACAUUGACCCUGAAAGAGAGAAGGAACAAAAGGAAAGGGCUGAAAGUCAAAUGAUCAGAGCAAGCGUGAGCCUUAAUCGGAAGAAGGAAAAGGUUAGCCGUAAAUACAUGCCUACUGUUCGUAGAGAGCGGCAGUUGUCACCAGGCUUCCUGGAGGAUGGCCCUGAGGAGGAAGAGGAGACAGAUUAUUACGAGCCUCGAAGGCCUGCUGCUCGUCAUCGCUUUGAUGAAGACCUUGAAAUGGAGGCUCAAGCAGAGAGGCGAAUCAUGAAUGCUAAGAAAAGAGAGAUUCCUAGAAAAACACCAAUUUCAGCUGCAAAACCUUCGAAACGCCCCAUAGAUUUCUCUGAAAGUGAGAAGGAGGAGUCUGAGUAUGAAACUGAAGGUGAAGAAGAGAAGGUUGAACACGAGUAUGAAGAGGAGGAACAUGAACAAGAAGAGGAAGAGGCAUAUGAAGAAUCAGAAGAUGAGGUUGAGGAGACAAAACCAAAGGGUAGGGAGUCUGGAGUUAGUCUUAAGCGAAAGGGAAUUGAGUCUGAUGAGGAAUCUCCUCCAAGGAAGGCAACAACUCAUCGGCGAAUGGCAAUUGUUUAUGACAGUGAUGAGGAAUAAGACAUUCUUUGCCAAAAUAGUAAGGAUAAAUGAUGAAGAACAACAGUGCUAUUAAAUGGUUUCAGCAGCCAAGAGACUCAGGGUUAAAGACAGAGAUGAAGAGGCGCUUCUGGGCUGCUAAUAUACUUGAGAGUAUGUGUCAAAUUUUAUGCAUAUCUUCCACCAGUGUCUUCUAUUUGUAUUUUCAUUUAUAUCCACAUCAGUGGAGGAGUUAUAACGUACUUCACUAAGUUUUACACUGUCUAGCGAUUGUGGUGUGUGCUGGGUGGUCUCCAUCAGUUUGUAAUGUGUUGAAUUUAAUGUCAAAUGACAUUUAUAUAUAACAACUCCAGACCCGUGACCUACCAGGAAAAAUUAGAGCCACAUUUUGUAUCCGCUGCCCGCCAGGUCCAUCUUUCAUUCUUUUGUGUUCCGAAAUCUGAAGUCAGACUCACUCGAUGCGGAAAUAAAGAAUUGAACUCUUCAGUAGAUGUUUUUAUCUAUAUUUAUGAUCAAUUCAAAUUGGCACAAUAAAUAAAAGAGUUAAGGGCCGAAUGCCAAACC